CAUCCGUCAGAGCCGCGCUCGGGAGUGGGUCUCGUAGUAGCCACGGCAUGGGGAUGUCACCGACCUGUGUGCUGGAUCCGAGGCUUGUUGCCAUGGAGAAGCGGAGGCUCUGAGGAGCGGAGACUGAGCAUCCGAUGACUCAGACGGAGAUGAGAGGACGUUUAGAGAUGAAAGCACGGCACCAGUGUUGGUCUGAGGGAUGUCGUUAGAGGAGAUAUAAAAGAUGAAGUUUAAGAAGUUCAUCACGAUCAUGCAAGCAGCAAUUGGGGUUGUUCCCUUGAACAAACGGGAGCUCCUGCCUCCUGGUAGGAAACUGUGGAGACCCCCAGGGGACCAGGGUUGCUCUGACCAGACCAGUACUGACCUACUCAAGUCCAGCCGCAAGUUCUGCUGGUCCAGAGAAGCCCAGUACUUGUAUCUUCGCCGCUUGUCUUCGAGAAGCUUCUCAGCCAUCACGAUGAACCCGGUCAUGGAGGAGACGGUGUGGGAGCAGUACACCGUGACCCUGCAGAGAGAUUCAAAAAUGGGUUUCGGCAUCGCAGUUUCUGGAGGAAGGGACAACCCAAACGAGGAGACGGGCGAGACGUCCAUCGUGGUGUCGGACGUCCUGCAGGGAGGGCCCGCCGAGGGACUCUUGUUUGAGAAGGAUCGUGUCGUGCUGGUGAACAACACCCCCAUGGAGGGAGCGGUGCACUCCUUCGCUGUGCAGACCCUCAGGAAAUGUGGCAAAACUGCAAAGAUUACCGUGAAGAGACCCAGGAAGGUUCCAGUUAAUAUGGUGCCACGCCCUCCCUCACCUGAAGUCUUCAGCAAUGACAACUAUGACGACUACAAUUACGACCAGGACCGCCGCAGCUUGAACAGCGGGCGGGACAACAGCCUGGAGAGGGAGCGCAGAGGCUACGUGGAUUCUGGCUACCAUACCCGGGAUCGGAACUAUGACCGCGGCAGGAGUGCGGAGAGGGACCUGAGCCCUGACCGGAACUACAGACGAGAUGGCAGCAGGGGGCGCACUCUCGAUCGCAGCCCCGACCCGCGUUACAAGAGCGAGCACACGCUGGACCGCGACUACAGCCCGGACAGAAGGUACCGCAGCGAGCGCACCCUGGACCGCGACUACAGCCCGGACAGAAGGUACCGCAGCGAGCGCACCCUGGACCGCGACUACAGCCCAGACCGACACUAUCGCAGCGAGCGGAUGCUGGACCGCGCCCCCAGCCCUGACUCGCGCUACGGCCCUGGACGAGACCAGAGGCGUGACAAAAGCUUAGAGCGAGGACUGGACCGGGACCAGAGGUACAACGACCCCGUCCGGCGAACCGCAAGCAGGGACCGCCUGGACCGCUCGCCAUCGCCCCCACCUGCUCCCAUCCCUCUGCCACGCCCCGCCCGUGAUCUGGAGCCUCUGGAGAAACCUGUGAACGUGCUGCUCCUGAAAAAACAACCUAACGAAGAGUACGGCCUCCGUCUGGGCAGCCAGCUCUUCAUCAAAGAGAUGACCAGCACUGGACUCGCCGGUAGAGAUGGAAACCUGAAGGAGGGGGACAUUAUCCUGAAGAUCAACGGCACAGUAACGGAGAACCUGUCCCUCGGCGACGCCGGGAAGCUGAUCGAGAAGUCGCGCGGCAGGCUGCAGUUGGUGGUGCAGCGGGACCGGCGUCAGAUCCUGAUCCGAAUCCCGCCGAUGGUGGACAGCGACUCUGAGCUCGAUGAUAUCUCUGAGAUCGAGUCGUACCGCUCUUACUCUCCACAGGAUGACAGACGAGGCCAUCAUUCCGACCUCUCCUCCCACUCCUCCAAUGAGAGGCUUCGAGACAAACCCAGAGAGGACCCUCCUAACAGGCUGGCAAAAAUGGGUGCGAUGCCGACACCUUUCAAAGGUCUGGAGAGACGUGAAGAUUCAUCCCCUUUGCCGGCAGAGAGGGAGGAACCUCGAUCUGAGACGCCUCCAGCGGCUGCAGUAGCUGUCGCCCCAAGGCAUCAGGUUCCUCCAAAGGUGCCACUGAAGCCGAGCAUUGAAGAUCAGGAAGUUUAUGGGCCAAACACGGUGAUGGUGCGUUUCAAGAAGGGCGACAGUGUGGGCCUGAGGCUGGCAGGAGGGAAUGAUGUGGGCAUCUUCAUUGCUGGUGUUCAGGAGGACAGUCCAGCUGAGCAGGAGGGUCUUCGCACAGGAGAUCAGAUCGUGAAGGUAAACAGUACAGACUUCAGAGGGAUGGUGCGUGAAGACGCCGUCCUCUACCUCUUAGAGAUCCCAAAAGGAGAAGAUGUGACCAUUCUCGCUCAGAGCAAACCUGAAGUGUACGAAGAUGUUCUAGCUUCCGGACGGGGCGACUCGUUCUUCAUCAGAACCCAUUUUGAGUAUGAGAAGGAAGCUCCGCAAAGCCUUCCGUUCACCAGAGGGGAUAUCUUUAAAGUCACCGACACGCUGUAUGACGGCAAGCUGGGCCAUUGGUUGGCGAUCCGUACGGAUAAAGACAACCACUUGUUGGAAAAGGGAAUCAUCCCCAACAAGAGCAGAGCAGAACAAAUGACCAACGUGCAGAAUGCUGCUCGGGCGGCGUCAGGCAAUGACAGAGGGGACUUCUGGAGGCUGCGAGGUCAAAGGGCAGUAAAGAAGAAAGACCUGCGCAAGAGCCGAGAGGACCUGAGCACCGCGCCGAUCACCACGAGGUUCCCUGCGUACGAGAGAGUGGUGCUCCGUGAAGCUGGUUUCAGGAGACCCGUUGUGAUAUUCGGGCCCAUUUCCGACAUAGUGAAUGAGAAACUGGCCAACGACCUUUCCAACGAGUUUAUAGUUGCCAAAACGGAGCCCAAGGAUGCUGGAAGUGAGAAGUCUUCAGGAGUGGUGAGACUGAACACCAUCCGACAGAUCAUUGAGCGGGACCUUCACGCGCUGCUGGACGUCACUCCCAAAGCUGUGGACACUUUGAACUACACCCAGUGGUAUCCCAUCGUCAUAUUUCUCAAUCCGGACAGCAAACAAGGCGUCAAGACCAUGAGGAACCGCCUCAUGCCCGGAUCGAACCGCAGCACUCGGAAACUGUACGAGCAGGCAGUCAGGCUGAAGAAGACCUGCUCCCACCUCUUCACCGCGACCAUCGAUCUGAACUCGUCCAAUGACGCAUGGUACGGCAGUGUGAAGGAGUCCAUCCGGGGCCAGCAGGACCGAGCGGUGUGGGUCUGUGAAGGGAAGAUGGAUGGCUCAGAGGAGGACCUGGAUCUCCAUGAUGACCGCAUGUCCUACCUAUCUGCGAUGAGCGCAGACUACCUCAGCAUGGACAGCCGUCUGACCAGCGACUAUGACGACACGGCAGACGAGGGCGGGGCUUACACUGACAACGAGUUGGACGAGACGCUGGACGAGCCACAGCCCGUCUCGGCCAUCAGUAGGUCGUCUGAGCCGGUGCUGCCUGAAGAACCUCGGCGGAGGGUCGGGAGCAGAGAGGUUCUGAACAGGGAGCACAGCCCCCCACCAUCGUUUGUUCCUGAACCUCCAAAGGUACGCGCUCAGACUCGGACCGACUCGACACGCAGCUACGAGUCCCACUCCAGCAGCACCAUCAGCAGCAUCGACGCAGCGGCCGGCAACAAGCCGGCCCCCCCACCUGUGGCCACAAAGCCCAGCAUCGCCCGUCUGCACCAGUCAUCAGAGGAACAGAUACCAGCGAAGGAGCAGGACAAGGACGACCCGGACAGAAAGUCCUUCCUGGGCAAGAGAAUGGCCAAUCAGAUUAAAGCGUUUGAGAAGAUGGACCACCUGGCCCGAGCUCAGAGGCUUCUGGAGCUGCAGGAGGCAGAAAACGCUCGAUUGGAAAUCGCCCAGAAGCAUCCAGACAUCUAUGCUGUCCCAAUGAAGCUGCCAAAACCCAACCUCAACCGCCCUCAGCCAAUCGGCUCAAACGCAGAGCCGCAGACGAUGUCCAGGCCCAUGUACUCGGAGACGAGAGGAAACGAGGACAAAGAGGCAGAGUACCGCCGUCAGCUGUCCGAGCAGACCAGGAGGGGAUACUACCACCCUCAGAAGUACACGGACACUGAGCUGUGAGGCUCCAGACCAGGAAGUGAAGUCACACCCAUUUUCCAGCUUCUGUCGCUCCCAGGACUCUUUAUUUGCUCUCACAUUUCCUUCCAUGAGGUCUGGCUUUAGCGCUGAGUUCACGCUCAUUAACUCGGAGGCGUCAGUACCGCUGUACAGAGAGAGAAUGUCGUUCCUAAACGGCUGGUUUCCAGAGAGAUGUUCUGGUGUAAAUAUUCAGUUUGGGUCUCUGACGUUUUGGUUUCUUUAAAUAUAAUCAGUUCGAGUCUCCAGUUUUUUACCAUCACAGCAGAGGCAAAGAGGAGAGGUCCAACAUGUCGCUCAGCUGUGAAGGUGUAAACGAAUCCUAACAGAUAAAAUCUAGAGGGUUUCUAAAUCUGAUCCAUCAAAAUAUCAAGCGGAAGUCUUCAUUUUACUCCACAGUUUUUUUGUAUUUUACUUCCAAGCAGCCAGAUUCUCCUGUAAUGUUUAAAGUGGGUUUGAUGAGCAGUUCUCCGAAGUUUCUGAAGGUCCUUUUAAAAGCUGCACGAACCUUCUAGUCAUUUUUCCCUCCACGAACCAAAGUAUAAUAUAGAGGUCCUAAAAAAUUAGCCAUUUAUUGAGUAUGCAGAAAAAACAAGAGUAUGGAAAAUGGUUGAUAUUGCAGCUUUUAAUACUUAUUACGCAAUCUAAAAGAUACAAAUCUGAACUCUGGAAGAAGGAGGGCCUUUUUAAGAUUAGUUCAUAUUUAAAUGACUUCCUUUAAUUUACCACAGAAAAAACUUAAUUUUGUUUCCAGUUUAUUGACCAGAGAUAAAUGUGCAUUCAUCGUUUUGGCCUCUAAACCCUCUUAAAACAGGACUUUCUAAUUGAUUUUUAACUGGGUCUCUUUUACAUGCCAAAUGAAGCUCUUAUUUUUAUGUAAUAUUUCGCAAACAAAUUCGAGGUAUACAGAUUACAAACUGAUUUUUAUAAUCUGCCAAUAACACAGAAUAAACCAACCCACAGUUUCCAAAUGAAAAGUAUAGAUGUUUAAACAGAACUGACUUCAGUUUGUCUGGUUGCUCUGCAUCAGGCAUCUGCAACUUCACUAAUGUGUGUAUUUAUGAAUUAUAGUAAUAAUAAUAAACCUUUACUAGGUGUUUUGUACUCGGAUGCCUAGUAUGACAUUAAAACGCCUGAUAAAAAUCAGGAGAUUUGAGUCUGGAAUUUGAAAUGGAAAAGUAGUAGGAAAAUAGAAAAUCUCUGAACCAGGGUAGAAAUUUACCUCUAAAACAUCCCUGAUUGGGAGGUAGUGUGGUUUUAUAUUUCCAGUUUAUCAUUUUCCCAGUUUAAAUUCUUCAACAACUUAUAUUUUUGGAAAAAUUGAAGUUUAUUAAACAAGAUUAAUUGGCUUUUUUUGUUUGCAAACACAUUCAGAUUAUUAGAUCAUUUUCAUUAAAGUGAAAAUAAAAAAUGCUUAUUGGUAACCAUAUUUGUUUUUGAUCUAAGAGAAGGUUAAUUUAUAAAUUACAAACUUCCUGGAGUAAUUUUAUUUCUGUUCAGAGUGUAACCGCUGUGAAAACAUUUUAGUUAUUUUUAGAUCACCAGGUUGUAAUUAUGAUCAGAACUUGCCUCUCGCUCUAAGGACUAAACACUGUGCAAAAUUAAUCUAAACUUUGUUUCAGUUUCCUUUCCAUGGAGUUUGGGAUGACUUUAUCUAAGUUACAAAGUGUAAUCGCUGUAACAGAGUCGUCAUUUAUAGUUUUAUGUAUUUUUGUGGCUGAAUUUUCUUUCUAGUUUCCUGCACUUGAUUUAAAAUCCGUUCUAGUUGGAGAUGUCCUCAAAGUUUCAAGUCACUUAACUUAAUUUGUAAACCAUAAUUGCUAUAAAAUCUGAGAUGAUUGUUGCAGAGGGUCAUUUUUAGUCACACUCUGACCUUUUGCAGCUGUUGUUAGCAACUGAUUGCCAGGGUCAAAUAAAAGGUCCCAGGAAAGAAAUUAUCACGUUUCUUCUGCUAAAAUUAUCUUUUGUUUAUGUGAAAGUGGGAAAAGUGGAGGAAAAAACCGUCCGGAGUCCAAAGAAACAUCUCCGACCUUCAGAAACCAUGACGAACUAUUGAUCAAGGCCAAUUUAAGUUAGAAAAAGAAAAUCUGGAUGCCUUGAAUGAAAAUGUGAAGAAAUGAGGUGCGAUUCGAGACUUUUGUACAGAACUAUUUAUGUCAUUUUUAGCAUAUUUAAGUGUAGAAAAAUCUUAAGUAAAAUGCUCAAAUAUUUAGUGUCUUGUGUCACAAUUUAAGAGUUAAUAAGCCCCCUCCCCUAAAAGAGUUUAAUAAUAAACGAUCAGCACAGGAAAAGUUCAUUUAUACACUAAUGUUACACGUUUGUGUGUUUUAGGCUUCAGCCAAAGCUUCACUGCUCCAGCUUCAUGUUGAUGCUUAAUCCAAAUUUCUCUGAAUAAAAAAAACCCGUUGUCUGUUUGGAAGAACAUACGGUCCUCUUUCACCAGCUUGUAAUAGUGAAAACAUCCACACUUUGUUCACCUUCGUCCAGUUUGUGUGUCGCCCAUAAAACGGUCCCAACAUUUCACGCCGGAUGCCUCCUUCAGCGCCACGCCUGCGUUCUGGGUAGCAGAAAACUGUCACGUGCCUUGUUGCUCAUGGGAAAUAAAGCUGCUGUCAACAACCUGAGAGGUCGGACGCUGGACGGAAAAACUGGAAGCAUUCGGCUUGUUUUCCUGUUUAAAAACUAACAAAAAAGCUGCAGAUUUGAAACAGACGUCGUUCCUGCUGUUACUUUUUUAUUGAGCUGAUGUUUGAAAGUUUAAGUCAGUCUGGAGGGGAAGUUAUUACAUUUAAACAGCUGCGUCUCGUCUACCGAUGUCCUCUAGAAGAAACACUGAACGAGAAAUAGAAAAGGUGCAGCACAGUUUGUCUUCUUAGCUGCUUUUAGCAGAGACAAUCACCUUUUUUACUGCAUAUAUUUUUAUACAGAAUAUAAACCCGCUUUAGUCGACGUGUUUGUGAACAGGCGUGUCGAGGAAUGUGGUGACAAUCAUGAUGUCUUAGUUUAUGAUUUUCGUUUUUGUGGUUUGUGAUCUCCUGACUGUUUCACGACUCGCUCUUGAAAGAAUCUGACAAAUAAAACUUUUUUUUUUACACAUUC